GGGAAGACCAAGCAGAGGAAUACAGAGACCUGAAAAGGGAGCUGGAACAAACUGCCAAGAACUGCAGAAUCCUCCAGUUUCAGCUCAAGAAAGUGGAGAGGCAGAAGGAGCAAGUAGACCAAGACAAAGCUGAUCUGGAACAGAGCCUGGCCUCACUUCAGUCCUCUGGCAAGCCCAGCAACCUCAGCCCAGUCAUGAAAGAGAAAACUGACAAAAUAAAGGAGCUGGAGCAGGAACUACGCCUUGCCAGGGAAAUAAGCCAGAAACUCAGGGCUGAGAAUGACCAGCUCAAGGAAAACAAACCGUCCACUGAACCCAGGAAGAGACCAAAGGAUUCCCAGGGUUUAGCUACUGAUGAGCGAGAUAGACUCCUCAGGGAAGUUCAGGACACUAUGGAAAGGGAAGCUGAUCUCAGAGAGCAACUUCAGUUUGCUGAAGCAGAAGUUGAAGAGCUGCGAAAGAAGUUGACCAGAGCAGAGGAAGAAAAUGAAGCUCUAGCCCUGCAGAUCAAGAAGAUGGCAGUUAAAAGCAAAGCGGUGAGACAAAGAAGCAGAGAGAUGCAGGAACCUCCUAAAGAAGAAGAAGAGGAAGACCAUAACCCAAUGGACAUGAAACUCCAACUGGAACUCAAUGAGCAAGAAGUUAAAAUCCUCAGGGAAAAAGUGGACAAACUGACUUCAGAGAAAGACAGUCUGCAACGUGAACUCACUCGCUCAUCAGCCCUGGACUCAAAGACUUCUGCAGGUUCAAGAAUCAAGGCCGCCAUCUUGGGCACAUCUGCUGACAAUGAAGAUCGCCUUGACAUUAAAGUGCUCAAAGAAGAAAUGGCGGAUUUGAGAAGAAAGCUGAUUGAAAAGGACAGGGAGUUGGAAAAUGUUCAGACUGAACUUUCACUCAAGUCCAAGAAAUCAGGGGGCAAAAAUUUGUCAUCCAGAAGCAAAUCUUUAGACAGUGAACAAACAAUUGACCUCAAGCGUCAACUUGCUCAUGUGGAACAAGAAGCUGCCAUCCUAAGGGCUAAAAAUUUGCAACUUGAGGAUCAAAAUGAGAAGAUGAAUGAUGAAAAUCGCAGACUUGCUGUCAAACUUGCAUCUGCUGGAAGAAGAGGGUCUGUCAGCAGCACAGGAACAGCCUUUUCAGCUGCUGAAGAUGACUGGCAAAUCAAAGGGAUCCAAUUGAAUGAAGAAGUCAAGUCUCUGAAGAUGAAGCUUGCAGCAGCUGAAGAUAAAAAUGCAAUGUGGUAUGAAAAUAAUUCUUUAGAGUGUCUGGUCAACAAGAAUAUUCCAUCACAGGUGAAGCAACUCCAAAGUAUGAAGCGAGAGCUUGAAGAAGAAUUGGAUGACCUGAAACUCAAGAGAGAGAAACUUGAAUCAGACUUGGCAGACAAGGAUGACCAAAUAGAGAAGAUGUCCAAAGUGUUGGAGUCCAAAGAAGCCCCUUCAGCUCACCAACAAAAUGCAAUUGCCAGUCUCUUGGGAACUCUGGUGCCUAAACACAUAUCAGAAAUCAUCCGUGAUAAGAAGAGAGUUGAGACCUCAACUCGUAUGGAACUCAAAAAGUACAUUGAAGAAUUGGAGACAGAAAUAGUUGCUUUGGCCCAUGCCCUGGAAACCUCCAAAGAAGAUGACCAAAUGUCAGAGAAGAAAACCACAGGGACCAAGAAGAAGUCCACCAACACCCUGAAGGAGCUGAGAGAGAAAUGUGAGGCCCUUGAGAAAGAACUAAAAGAAGAAAAGGAAAAAACGGUUAACCAAAGAAGAGGCAGUGUCAAAGCAGGGGAUGCUACAACUGUCUCAAAUGAAGUCCUGGAUGCUGAGAGAAGAGCCCACAGAGUAACACUUAAGAAGCUUGAUGAAGUUCAGAAAGAGCUGGACUUCUUGCACAAGAAAGUCAAAGAAACUGACACCCAAUCAGAUAAGUUGAGAAACUUGGAAGACAAGGUCAGAGCAAGAGAUAGAGAGUUGGAAGAAAAGAAAUCUGUCCUCAGAGAGACAGAGAAUGAUCUCUAUGAUCUGAAACAAAAGGUGAAGGAAACAGAAAAACAGGGCUCCAAAAAGAAGAGUUAUUUGAGCAGGCUGACUGAGGAAAAAUCCAAGGAGAGAGAAAGAACAAAGCUCAAAGAUGAGGUCGAAAAUUUGAAAAAGCAGCUGACUCAGCAGAACCGCAUGGUAAGCGAAGAAGCAUCCAAAAAACUUGAUGACCUCAAGAAGAAAUAUGAUACAGAAAGCAGACAACUGAGAGAAGAAGUCUCCAAUGCAAGGGACAAGCUUGAGGAAAAGAUCAAAGAGAUGCAAUCCAUGGAGAAAUCCUUCAAGACAAAACAGAAGAAGGAGAUUGAGAAGCUGACCUCAGAGCAUGCUUCCAAAAUUUCAACACUGGAGGGUGACAUCAGAACUGAGAAAAAGCGUCUGGAGACUGCAAAUCAAAAGUGGGAUGCUGAGAUAAGAGCUAAAGAGCGUGAAAUAGACAGACUGAAGACAAUGUCCAAAUCUGAAGGACCAUCCACCAUUUUGUCCAAGAGCAGCAGAGAAACUGACCACAAGAUUGAGGAGCUUGAGAAGGAAGUAGCUGAUUACAAACAGGAGUAUGAGGACCUUCAUGCCAAGUAUGACCUGCUUGAAGAGGACUAUGUGGUAGUCAAAGCACAGUUAACAAUGGAAAAGGAGCAUAUAACUGGUGACCUGAGCAAACUCAAGCAAGAGUAUGAGACACUGGAAGGUGAACUGAGGACUUUGAGAGACACAUACAACAGCAGACAGGACUCUUGGAUUAAAGAAAAGCUGGAUCUCCAGAAUGAUGUGAAUAAGCAAAAGCUGGAGGACUUUGAAAGGUUGUCCAGCUUCCAGUCAAGGAGCAUUUCCAGUGACACAACCAGACUGGAACAAGAGAUCCGUUCUCUGAAACAAGACAUAGCAGACAUGGAGAAGUCCCACAAGUCAGAAGUGAGCCAAAUGCGCAUGAGGCAUGACUCAAGGAUUUUGCAGCUCAACCAUGAGAUUGCAACAUUGAGGCAACAGUUCUCAAAGGCAGGAAGAGAAAGAGAUACCUUCAGGGAUAUGCUGGAUGGAGCACAGAAGACCAUUUCAGACCUCCGGCAUGAAGGAAAGGCUGCCAAGGAACAAACCUUUGAGCAUAAGCUUGAAGAAGAAAAGGUGAUGAAUUCUGGCAGGACAAGGUUGAGUGCACUCAAGACCAAGAUUGAAUUAGCUUGGCAAAAGGAGAGAGAUGAGAUGCACAGGUUGUUGUCAGAGUCUAACUCUGCCAAUCAUGGCCUGAGGGAAACCCUUUAUCAGGUUCAGCAUGACUUGGUUGACAUCAGAGAAUCUCACUCAAAAAUGCGCAUCAUGAAUGACAAAUUGCGCAGGGACAAAGAGAGGUCAGACAAGGAGAUAUUUGACCUGAGGGCCCAUCUCAACAAUGGCAUUGAUUCCGCUUCAGCAGAGCUGAAAACAUUCCUGGAGAACUUGAAUGAAACUGGGACACUCUCCAAGCCUUUGACAGCUGUUCCCAAAGGUGCCAAGAACUCAAACAACAACAAGUCCACCAAUGACAAAGAAAAGGAUGACCAACUCUUGAAAAAUGAGCUCUCAAGACUCAUUGAGUGCCUGGAGAAGCUGAAAAAAGAUGCAGAUAGAAUCAAACCCAAGCAUGGAGCAGUUGGUGGAGGCCACAACCUCCUUAGUCCUUCAUCACGCUAUGAGUCUCUUAGAAGAACGCAUUCAGCAAUAGAUGAGGAAGACCACAUGGAGUCAGCCCUCCCAAAGUCCCUGAGGUCUCACAGCAGGCCAAUGAACAACAAAAGUGCUUCUUUUGACUACAGGAAUGAUGUUGACAGUGAUAGUCUGAGAACAGCACCUCCAAUGUGGGGCUCUGAUGAUCACCUUUUGGAUGACUAUGAUGUGAUGUCCACUCAUUCAGACACUAGGAUGACCAGGACUUUACCUGGAAACUCUAGAAUGAACAGAGAGCCUUCCUAUGACAGAAUAUCAACUCAAAGUGAGAUGCCUCAAGGAACCUCAGCAGGAGCUGCUGGAGGAACUGAUUCUGGCAGUGGAAAGAAGAAAGGAGGUGUUGGGGCAGCCCUGAAGAAAAUGUUUACCAAGUCCAAGAGCAUUGAAGAGUCUCCAACUGGAGGAAUGGUAGCUGCUGCUGGCAUGCAGGCCAUGGUCACCAGUACAGGAAGCCCAGGGGUGGAUGUUCCAGUCAGCACAGGAUCCAAAGAUUCUCUCUUCUCAUUUGGCAGGAGAAGGAAGUCUCCUUCACCUGCUCCAUCCAACUUGUCUGGGACAACUGCUGGUGUUAGGGAAUACAGUGACACUGGAAGCACAGGAGAAAUGGUUUCAGUUGGGGAAGUUGUUGAGGUGCUUGGGACAGCAGCAGAAGAUGAGGCCAGUCAAGGAGACUCUUCCUCCAUGAAGAAAAAACAGGGUUUGGGCUCCAGACUGCGGGAACGUCUGCGGAGUCAAUCCAGAGAACGCAGUGUAGGACCUAGUAGUGGUGCCACAUCCAGCACCAGCAGUCACCAACCAGCACCAAUGGAAAGACAGUCUUCCAUAGAGGACGAAGAGUCUGGCAAGACCAUUUACAGACCACCGUCUGCCUACGGAGACAACAGGCCUCUGACCUUAGGUAGCAAAGUGCAGAGUGCCAGAGGGAAUCCCACGUCGUCAUCCACGUCGCCGGCGGCCUCUACAGCCGCCCCCGUGGCGCCCAUGCGAGGGUCGUCCCCCUCUGCCAGUAGGUCCUAUGCAUCCUUGAGUCGGGCCACCCGGGGGGCGUCCCCGAGCUUGUACUCGACUACUUAUUCAAGGCGACACAAAUCAAUCCGCACUGAAUUCGGUUUCCACGGCGGCAACGGCGGCGGCACAUCUGGCUUCGGGUCUGGUCUUCUCGUGGUGCUGGUUGUGGUCCUACGCGAAGUCGUUGUGGUCCUCGGUGUCGUCGUGGUUCUGCUGGUUGUCGAAAAGGUGGUCCUGCUUGUGGUGGAGGAAUAA